AUGAAAAAAUAAAGUGAGAAUGAGAAGAUUGCUAUUUAUGCAUCAUAGAUGAUGAAAUUACAUGGGAAAAUCUUAGAGAAGAAAAUGACAAAGGUGGCCUUCAAAACAGUAAUUUGA